AUGAACAGCUGUGGAGUCCAACAAAGCUCGUUCGAAGAGAUGAGGAGAAGCUCCGUCGUCUCCGAUCGCAGAGACGCCGUGAUCUGCCCUAAGCCCCGUCGUGUCGGUGUCAUCAACCACCACCUUGCUCGAUCUCUCCGAUGGCAAGUCAGUCACCAUGAUUCAAAUUCAGGAAGCGAGCUCUUGGAUUUGAUCCUCGCAAAGGGCGGUGAAGAAGAUCAGGCGAGGACGGUGGCGUCAUCGCCGCCGUUUUACUUCACAGGGUCACCGCCGAGUAGAGUAUCUAACCCUUUAACAAAAGACUCUCUCUUUCGCGACGAGCUUGUCGUGGUGGCUCCUCCUCCUCCAUCGACGACUCCACGAGCAACCAAGCCGCAGCCGCCACCGUCUCCAAGAAAUGGUGGCGGUUGCGUUAGAGCGAGUACUAACUUUGGGAACAAUCCGGCGGUUCGAGUGGUUGGAUUCAAUUGUCUUGACAGGGACAGACGCAGCAGCGUCCCGACUCUUGCUUAA